UGCAGAAAAAAUGCAGACCUUCAACAUAAAAGCCGUAGCUAAAUGUCGUGGCACGCCGGAUCCGGCCCCUGGGUCUUGAGUUUGACACCGGUGCUCUAGCAGGUUGUGGUCGUCGUGGUUCUCCAGGAGGUGGUCUUCAUACAUGCUCCGGUCACUCUGAGUCUCUUUGUUUCAGUGGCAGCUGGUGUGUUCGCUGCGUCCUCUGAAACAGAUGAUUCAGACCAUCUAUAUGGGCGGAGUUUUAGCGGGAGCCAUUAUUUUCGGAGGUCUUUCAGACAGGUUUGGGAGGCGGUCAAUCCUAAUUUGGUCGUACCUGCAACUUGGUAUUCUUGGUUGUAGCUCCGCCCUCUCCCCUACGUACUCCACCUAUUGCGUGUUUAGGUUUUUGAGUGGGAUGUCGGUGUCCGGCAUCAUCCUGAAUGCAUUCUCACUGAGUACCUGUCUCCCCGUUUGUCUGUCUACCUGUCUGUAUGUCUGUCUACCUGUCUGUCUGCCUCUCUGUCUACCUGUCUGUAUGUCUGUCUACCUGUCUGUCUACCUGUCUGUAUGUCUGUCUACCUGUCUGUCUGCCUGUCUGUAUGUCUGUCUACCUGUCUGUAUGUCUGUCUGCCUGUCUGUCUGCCUCUCUGUUUACCUGUCUGUAUGUCUGUCUACUUGUCUGUAUGUCUGUCUACCUGUCUGUCUACCUGUCUGUAUGUCUGUCUACCUGUCUGUCUACCUGUCUGCCUCUCUGUUUACCUGUCUGUAUGUCUGUCUGCCUCUCUGUCUACCUGUCUGUAUGUCUGUCUACCUGUCUGUAUGUCUGUCUACCUGUCUGUCUGCCUGUCUGUAUGUCUGUCUACCUGUCUGUAUGUGUGUCUACCUGUCGGUCUACCUGUCUGUCUACCUGUCACUCAUGAACUCCAGGUUCUCACAGUGUGUCCUCAGAGGCUCUUCAGCGUGUCCCUGUCCCCGUCUGUCUCCAGAGGUGGAGUGGAUCCCGACCAAAGAGAGGACGCUAGUGGGCACGCUCAGCUCCUUCUUUUUUACUUUUGGUCAGAUGAUCCUGGCAGGGCUUGCCUAUUGGCUGAGAGACUGGAGGAAGUUACAGGUGAUCGUCUGUGUUCCUAUGUUCCUGUUCUUCAGCUACAGCUGGUGGUACGCAGAGUCCGCUCGUUGGUUGGUUCUGAAGCGUCGGUCUGAGGAGGCCUUAAAGAGUCUUCAUCGAGUCGCUCGGAUCAAUGGAAAACCAGGGGUUGUUGACACAUUAACCCUGGAGGUUCUGCACUCUCACAUGAAGAAGGAGAUCGAGUCGAGUCAUUCGACGUUCACGGCAUACGAUCUACUGAGGACGAGAGGGAUGAGGCGGAUCUCCAUCUGCCUGGUGGUUGUCUGGUUCUCCACCAGUUUUGCAUACUACGGUUUGGCAAUGGACCUCCAGAAGUUCGGGAGUAAUGAUAGCUCGGCAGAAGGGCAGAGCCAGAAGGCAGACCGGGUUCACCUGCCAAUGGAAGCUGAAGGAAACAGACAGCCAAUAGCAGCGCAGGGUGUACGGUCAGACAUGAUUUACACCAUCGAAGAUGUCCCACCCUGGUACCUGUGUAUUCUACUUGGACUACAGCAUUACCUGACGUGUUUCAGCGGCACUGUGGCGGUGCCUUUUCUUCUGGCAGAGGCCAUGUGUGUUGGUCGAGACCAGAACACCAUCAGUCAGCUUGUUGGAACCAUUUUCACCACAGUCGGGAUCACAACUCUGAUCCAGACCACCGUCGGAGUCCGGCUUCCUCUAUUUCAGGCCAGUGCUUUUGCUUUCCUUAUCCCUGCCCAAGCCAUCCUUGGUCUUGACCGCUGGCGGUGCCCCAGCGAGGAGGAGAUUUAUGGGAACUGGAGUCUUCCACUCAGCACCGCACAUAUCUGGCAACCACGCAUGAGAGAGAUCCAGGGGGCCAUUAUCGUAUCCAGUGCAGUUGAGCUUUUGAUUGGUCUGUGCGGGUUGCCAGGUUUGCUGCUGGACUACAUUGGUCCACUCACCAUCACUCCAACUGUCUCACUGAUCGGCCUGUCAGUGUUUACCACAGCUGGAGACAGAGCUGGGUCCCACUGGGGCCUUUCAGCACUGUGUAUUUUGCUCAUUGUGCUGUUUGCUCAGUACCUCAGAGAGACUUCACUUCCUGUUCCUGCUUACAACAGGAAGAAAGGACUGACCUCCACCAGAAUCCAGAUAUUCAAAAUGUUUCCUAUCAUCCUCGCCAUCAUGCUGGUUUGGCUCGUGUGCUACAUUAUGACGCUCAGCAACCUGCUGCCGAGCGACCCUGAUGGCUACGGACACAAGGCCCGGACUGACGCCCGUGGGGACAUCAUGGCUUCUGCACCCUGGUUCAGAGUACCCUACCCCUGCCAGUGGGGGUUGCCGGUGGUAACGGUUGCUGGGGUCUUGGGGAUGCUGAGUGCCACCAUGGCGGGCAUCGUGGAAUCAAUUGGUGAUUAUUACGCCUGUGCUCGUUUGUCUGGAGCCACACCCCCUCCAGUCCACGCCAUCAACAGGGGAAUCUUCACUGAAGGCGUUUGUUGCAUCAUUGCUGGUCUUUUAGGGACAGGAAACGGCUCCACCUCCUCCAGUCCAAAUAUCGGAGUUCUGGGCAUCACCAAGGUUGGCAGCAGGCGGGUGGUGCAGUACGGAGCUGCUAUCAUGUUAAUAUUGGGGUCAGUUGGGAAGUUCACCGCUCUGUUCGCUUCCCUGCCAGAUCCGAUCCUUGGAGGAAUGUUCUGCACUCUUUUUGGUAUGAUCACGGCAGUCGGCCUCUCUAACCUGCAGCUGGUGGAUUUGAACUCAUCAAGAAAUCUUUUUGUUCUGGGAUUCUCAAUGUUCUUUGGUCUGACGCUGCCAACAUACUUGGACACACACCCCAACUCCAUCAGCACAGGUCUUGCAGAUCUGGACCAUAUUCUGACGGUUCUUCUGUCUACUGAGAUGUUUGUUGGAGGAUUUUUGGCUUUUUGUCUUGACAACACAAUACCAGGCUCGAAACAGGAGCGGGGUUUAGUUGAGUGGAGGGCCUCUUCUUCCUCCUCUUCCUCGUAUGAUCUUCCUUUUGGGAUGGGUGUGGUCAGACGGACUCGAUGGCUCAGUCGCUUUCCCAUCAGCCCCUCCUUUAGGGGCUUCCAUGCUUCUGACCCCCCGCCCGAGGAGGACGCAGCUCCAGAUCUGGACUUGCCUGGCACCAAGUUGUGACUUUGGUCCACCGACGACUCAAUGGGCAUGGAACACGUGGCGGCACGAGACUGUCCGUCUCCUAUGAAUGUACCUCUGCAGUCGAUCACAUUGGUGAAUGUGUUACUCCUGAUUCAAUAAUCUGCAUAUGUUGUCAUGUUUCAGGUUGUAAUCUUAAUUUUAAAAACGUUCAAACUGCU